UAUUUUUUCUUCUUAAAUGCAGGUGUGUGCUAUUCUAGUUUCUCCCUCUGGCUUUGAGAGUGUUGUUCUUGCAGAAGAGGAUCUGAACGGCGAGCUGAUGAACGAAGAGAUCCGUAUCCAUAGCUGGCCUUGUUCGUACUAUUUGGAUACCAACAAGCAAUGGGUCUCUGGCAGACUCUCCCUGACUCCUGUUGCUAUCAAAUUUACAGCUGACAAAACUGGUGAACUUUUGGUCAACUUCCAUCUUUCUGGUAUCAGCGAGAUCAAGAAAGAAUCUUCAAAUUUAAUCUUCAGCUCCCUCACCAUCUUGGAGAAGAAUACCAAGCACUGGUUCAGUUCUCUGCAACCGAACAGAAAUGUGGUGUUCAACAUCCUCGAGCACUUCUGGAGGGAGCAGUUGCUGUCAAACCAAGGCACAGGAGCAGAAGCUGGGGCUCUGCAGUCCACGAAAGGAAAGGAACUGACUGGCUUGUUGGCAGGUUCGCAGAAACGGCUGGAGGACACGGCAAAAGUGCUGCAUUACCAGGGCGAGCAGUUUGAUAACAUCAUGAGAGGACUGAACAAAAUCGAAGGAGAUAUGGAUGUCGCAGACAGAUUGUUGACUGAACUCGAAUCUCCUUCUUGGUGGCCGUUUAGCAGCAAGCUCUGGAAAGCACCUUUGGAAGCCAAGCCAAAGGAAACUGCCACAGUUUCCGAUUCAAAGAACCAGGAAGGAAUCAUAAUUAGAAUUCCAGUUAUUAUCACCCACAGAACAGACUCAAAUGUCAAGCCAGGAAAACUCACGCUCCUCGCUUCUGGCCUGGAAAUCAGUGACUGCAAUUCUCAGGUCAUUCACCGGUUUGAAUCAAAAGAUGUAGAUGAUAUCAGAGUUCAUACACCGUAUGAAAUCAGCGUUCGCCAGAGGUUUAUUGGUAAGCCCGACACCUCGUACCGGCUGUUGUCAGCGAAGAUGCCCGAAGCCAUCCCAAUCCUGGAGAUGCAGUUUAGCAAGAAGAUACAGUUUUUGGAAGAUGCCCUGGCAUUUGCUGGUGCCAGGAAGUCUCCCCAGGUAGAUUUGGGCACCUCCAUUUGGCAAGCAGCCACCGGCCUCUUGGGAGGCGUGAUGCAGCCCGAAUCUCCAGUGGGAGGAGAAGGGAUGGACAAUGAGCAGGUUCAGCUGCAGAGUCACGAGAAGAUCUCCGAGUCGGAAGCAAAAGAGCUGAAGCAGAUCCUAAAGAAACUGAAGGGCCUGGCCUUAGAGACAGAGGCAGAACUGGAGAGACAGGAUGAAGCCCUCGACUCCAUCACCUCCUCGGUAGACCGAGCAACGCUGAAUAUCGACAAGCAGAACCGCAGAAUAAAGAAGCUGACGUAGCAGCCUCUGGGGAUGGUGAUGAGAAGAGGAGGAGAAUCGGGCACUUGUGUUUUUAAGGACUGUUGCUUUAUAGACACUUUGGUUCUGGGAGAGCUGUUCGCAGUAUUGUCUGAAAUACGGUGUUGCCGAUGCUGCAUUUCUGAGAGAUGCAAAAUUGUCUCCAGACUUAGAUGAUUUUUGAAGACUGUUUUAGGGUUAAAAAGGCCAAGAUUUUUAAUCAUGGUGAAACAAUGAGAGAGAAUUCUCUACUACAGAUAAUCUGUAAAUAUGGUGUGUUGUGGUUUCAUCUCAAUCAGUUUUUAUGCUGCUGUUUUGUGUUACUGCUUUUGAAAGACUAUUUCUAAUUUCAACAUAGAGGUGAGGGAGAAAUAAACUGCAUAUGAGACUUCUUUAGAUGAUUACAGCCUAUUAAUUGCUUUUCAAGGUCUUUCUUGAAAAUACCUAAUACCUGAACUAAGGCCCAGAUGUCUAACUGUUAAUCAUUGGGACUUUUUUUCUUUUUUAUAAACUAAUGCUGAAAUGGGCAAAUGAUGGUGGUAAAACUCUGUGAACAUUGAACAAAUAGAUUAGAGGGGUUUCAGUCAUGUUUUUAAUAUACCCAGUAAUUUUAUAAGGAUAAUGAAGGGCUGGCGGCCACAGCAUUAUAUUGCCGUGUCCUGGGAAAGCAGGGGAGUUGGAUGGUGAAUGUGCACGUAUUGGUUAAGACAUCUUCUGGAUGAGCAUAUUUAGUUGUUGCCAUUACACAAGUGUUUUGCUUACUGAAAUCACUUAUUAAGAGUAAGUGCCAAAGUUUCAACACCUGCAUCUCUUUUCCAAAAAGGGAUUGCUGAGUCCUGAUGAUCAUAGACCCAGUCUUGAUGAUGGUUUGACUUAGAUGAUCUGUAGAGGUCCCUUCCAACCUUGACCAUUCUGCGUCUGUGUCUUUUGACAGUUGUACAGGUCUACAGAUCAAUAGAGUUACUAUUGAUUUGCGGUAACUGGGGAGGAAGCGUGUCAAGACUUCUUGUAGCCCUAAGUUUCUCUAAUAAAAGGGAGUGGUUAUCAGUUAUUGCCUAAUAUUUUUCACUGAGUUUACAAUUAGCUCCCUCUGGUCUGUGAUCAGUGGAAACCUCUUCCCCCCUGAACUCACUGGCUACUAUAUGGAAAGGAUUCCAGGUAACCCCAUGUAUUGCCUGUAGCAGAGAACUUGAAAGAUAGACUUGCUGGUCACCUCACAUUUCACUGACUUUCACAAUUCAUCAGCUAUUUUAGUUCAAAGUAGCUGUUGUUAUCUCUUCAUUUUUUAGUGUUUUAAUAUGUACAAAAUUCUUAUUGUAUUGCUUUUAGAAUACAACCCACAGCACUGUUGGUGCAAUAUUUUUAACGAGUGAAGCUUUCAGCUGUUUAUUCCACUGGCAGUUGAUAUAUUUUUUUCCUGUUUUCCAAGUAAUACAGCCUACCUUUUAAAGAAAGGUAUAGUAAAUGACAGUGUGUUGUUUUUAAGACCUUGUUCUCACUUGUUUUGUAUUGCUUCAUAUUAGUUUAUUAGUAUUGGAGAAAAUUGUACUUCUGCACUGCAGGUCCUUCGUUUAACAGUUCGAGUUGUUACUGGCAUGCACUAUAUCUAGUUGCUGAAUAUGGUGAUUAUCUAUACAUACACAAUAUGUACUGUGAAAUAAAAUAUUGUCUGGAGUUCUCAUUUUUUUCUGAUACCCAAAUCACUGUUGUUUUACUGUGAGAAGACGGUAAUGUUUACAUAACUAGUUAAUUAAAAAUUUUCAUUUUGCACACCGUAUAUGUUAACUGAACCUGGUGUUGACUAGGAAGGGGUCUCUCACCUUAAUUAGUCUAAACCAAGGUUGCCAAAAAUACUACUUGCACUUAGUUUACUUUAGCAUUCUUUGUGCCAUAAUAUUUAUUAUUGUGGGUUUUUUUUUAGCACCACCUGUUGUAUUUGAUUCUGUAAUG